AUGCAGCUUCCUAGCCUACUCGUCUUGGCGACGGUAUCAGCUGUUUCUGCCAUUCCCGCUGAUUAUAGUGGCGUUGUAUUUUACGAGAAUCCCGACUUUGGCGGCUUUUCCUACACCAUCCCUACGACUGAUCGAUGCUGGCCGUUACAGGAGAGAAUCUUCCAAAAAGCAUCUUCUGUUCGGAUCAGUACUCCAGGGACCAUAUGCGUGGUCUACAGAGACCUCGCGUGCGCCACCCCGCCGCUAUAUAAUAGGCUUGGACGGACAAUUAGCAAUCUUGACGCCAUUGGACUCGGUGAUAGAAUCGGAUCCGUCAGUUGUGCCAGAGCUUAG